AUGGAGUUCUCACGAACAGAGUAUCCAACUCUCCUGGCCUCAUUGCAACCGGAGCAAGCCAUAACGCUGCUCAACGAUCGCGUCUCUAUCAUCUCAAAGAUCAACAACGAUAUCGCCGACUGGCUCCAGGAACGUCGAAAAGUCGAAGAAGCAUAUGUCGCGGGACUGCGGAAGCUUGCGCGCAGGCCACAACAAGAUGGGGCCGCAGCCCUUGGUAUUUUCCAGACGCCAUGGCAGCGCAUCGUUUCCGGCACGGAGAACCUGGCCGCCUCGCACGAAACACUCGCGGCCAAGAUUGAAAGCGACGUCGAGAAACCGUUGAGGAGUUUUGGCUCCCGAAACAAAGAAAUGCAGGCGCUUGUGUCAACCCAGGGCAAUCUGAACGCCAUCGCCAAAGAGCUGAUUCAUGCCCAGAAAAGGGCUGCAAAAGGUGGCAGGAGAACUGAUACCGCAAGCUCUGCAGUGGAGGACGCAUCGCGUCAGUGGGAGUCACAGGCGCCCUACGUUUUUGAGCAGCUUCAAGCAUUGGAUGAGACGAGAAUCAACCACUUGAGAGACGUCCUUACACAGUUUCAGACCCACGAAGUGGACGCUAUUGAAAAGAACAGACUGAGUGCGGAGUCCUGUCUGAACGCACUCCUCAACCUCGAAACUGCAGAUGAGAUCAAGGCCUUCGCCACAAGGAACGACCGGGAGAGCAGCAGUACUAUGAGAAGACGCAGCUCUGCGGCAACCAGUGCAAGACCUCCCAGCUCUCAGAUCCGUUCUCCACCAACACCACCUCCGCCGCGACAUGCAGACGACAGACAUAGCCAGCGUUCCAACUCUUCUAACCAUUCUAUAGUUCCUGAUACAACUCCACACAAAGAGAAGCACAGGCUGGGUGGUCUCAAACGUCUCGGUACAGUCAUGGGCCGAAGAAAGAGUGUGGUGCCUCCAAUCCCUCCGCAAUCAACAGAGGAAAAGAGGAGGACAAGGUCCUUCGCCCCGUUUAGACGGGGGAAUUCCUCUCGGAGUUUCCAGGACUUGGAAGAGACAGGAGAAGACCUGGCUCCAAGUAUAUCCCGGGGUGAGCGACCGGCAUCAUCAAUUUCGCACGACAGGCGGGGCGACCUACCUAUCAGACACGAGCUGCCAAUCCACGCUGAGCCGGAAUCGCUGAUUCCCACUCCUAACGGUGUAGAACCGUCUCAAGCUCAUCUGGAAUCGAAUGCGGAGGUUCCUCCUAGUCAACCAGCACUGCUCGACGCAGGGGGCUCGCCAUGGACCCAAGUUCCCCCAUCUCAGUCCUCUUCGGUACAACAACCUUCCUCGCCAACUCCAAGAUCUCCAAUCCAGACACAGCCAGAUUCGUCUGUCCCGCAUAUUGCUGUGGAUGAUUCGGCACGCAAUUUCAAGAUUCGGGACGAGCCAAUACAAGAAGACGAAAGCGAGGCUCAACUCGCCAUGAAUAACAUGGCCAACCAGCUCAGAACCCAAGCGCAGAAUUCAGGUCUCAAUCGGGUCCAAGGCAGCGUGAGGGGCCGACGAGAUGUUCGAAACACCAUAUAUGUGCCCAGUCACACCGACACUUUUGGAACUCCGUCUUCUGCUCCACGCGCCGGCCCACCUGUUUCCAUCCCGCCGGGCCCCGGUUCGCCCGACAAUGUCCUUGCUUCCCCCAUACAACGGGCACCUGCCCCUGCUAUACUUCAUGAGGAGCAUGGCGUAGGCUCCGACACGACUUCCAUCCAUUCUUCGCAAAGUCUUGUUGGUCCAAGUCAACAUGUUGACGUUCAUGAACCGGGUCUCAACGCCUCGGUGGUUGAAACUGUCCAUUCAUGGUUCACCGAAGCAGGCAUCAGCAAGUCUUUUGUGCUUGGCGAAGUGGCUUUUGCCUACAACGCUUCCGUCUCUUCUGACACUGAACACGAAAUCGUCAGAUUACAGCACUUCGAGCGGCUGGACAAGAUUGCUGCGAAUCCGAUCUUCCUGACACAUAUCAAGCCCCCUGGUGAAUCAUUAGCAGAGGAACAAGCCGGUUCAUACACUAUAUCGACGCAUCCGAUUCGGAGACCGACCCCAAUGAUUGGCCUCAAAUACCAGCUGCACCUUGAAGAGAGCAAUCUUGCACAAUACAGCCCGAUCUUAAUCACUCCAGCCUGGCAGGUUGUUGAAGGGCAGGCCAGUGCCAUUGUCUUGUACAGUCUCAAUCCUGUUUUCGGAGGCGACUCGUUGACCCUCAAGAAUGUGAUUAUCACUGUCAAUCUAAAUACCUCGGGCGAAGGGACCGGCAAAGCAGCUUCGGCCAUGAUGGCGCCAACGCAAGGCGCAACGUUCCGCCGCAAAGCGUCAGCCGUGGUAUGGCGCUUCAACGAACUCACCAUCAAACCCGAACAGGAGAGGCUGUUGAUCCGGUUCAUGACGCAAGGCGGCAUGCCGAAGAAGGGGACGGUCGAAUUGAAGUUCGAGAUUCCCGGGCGGACGGCCAGUGGGAUCGGAAUUGAGAAGCUGCUCGCCGGAGGAGACAAAGACACGGAGAAGGAUGCCACUGAUCCGUUCGCCGAUGAUACCGGGGACGGCAGCGCCCGGGGGAGCGCAGAGGAGAGACGAUGGGAGGUUGUCCCGACCACGACAAAGCUGGUCAGUGGACGAUACACUGCUAGCUGA